AAAAUUGAAAUUCAAAGUUCUAACCUCUCUUAAGAAGAAAACAAUUAUUUUCAAUCAAUUUCGAUGAAGUGAGUAGAUUAGAAAUAUCAUUUUCAUAUUAAAUCUCAAGCGAAGAAUCUUUACGAUCGAAGUCACACCUUCGACCUGAAUCAAUCGCCGUUGAUCGAUCAUCGAGGACUCCCGUGACACUGAUAUUUAACGAAUAUCUGAUAUGGACGUGGAUAUGAGCGAUAGCAAUGCCACCAACGAAGAAUGUAACACGAAUACCCAACGAUUGAUCGCCGAAAGUGGUGGUCGAUGUAUGAGUACUCAAGCGAUGCAAUCGCUUUACGAUUUUCGUCAGAAUAAUCUAUUAUGCGACGCCGUAUUGAGAUUAGAAGAUGGCGGAGUAUUUCCAAUACACCGUGCGAUCCUGUCCGCUUGCAGUACGUAUUUCAGAGCACUAUUCACAACCACAUUACACUCUCGAGAAAAGACCGAUAUACUUUUGCCAGGUGUUACCAGCGAGAUGAUGAAUUUGUUAUUGGAAUAUGCUUAUCUUCGUUCGCUGGACGUUAAUCGAGAUAACGUUUGCGAGUUAUUGGUUACGGCCGAUUAUUUAAGUAUUCUCGGUGUCCUUGAGAUUUGUUGCGAAUUCCUUCGACAAAAUUUAGCACCGGAGAAUUGUAUCGGUAUAAUGAGAUUCGCCCGGGAACACUUUUGCAAGGGUUUGGAAAACGAUGCAUAUCGUUACGUCAUGAGACAUUUCGUUCAGGUAGCUCAGAAAAGCAAUGAGAUACUUGAUUUACCGAUCGAAGAGCUCUCGAGAUUGAUAGGCGCCGACGAGUUAAACGUAAAGAGCGAAGAGACGGUAUGGGAGCUUGUACUUAAAUGGAUCAAUCACGAUCCAGAUGCUAGAAAGGGUCACAUAGUCGAGUUGAUGCAAAACAUACGUUUGGGCCUUUUGAACACGCAAUUCUUUUUGGAGAACGUUAAGGAUCAUUCAUACGUCGUUGGAAACGAUGCCUGUCGACCGAUCAUCAUAGAGACGCUCAAGUUUUUAUACGACUUGGAAAUGAUCACGCAAAAGGACGGAGAAAUUCCAACGCCAGAAAUAGCACGUCCGAGAGUUCCGCAUGAAAUUCUUUUCGCGAUAGGCGGAUGGAGCGGCGGAAAUGCUACGAAUUUUAUCGAAACUUAUGACACCAGGGCGGAUCGUUGGGUCAAGGUCGAAGAAGUAGAUCCAAGUGGUCCACGAGCUUAUCACGGAACCGCGGUAGUCGGUUUCAAUAUAUACGUGAUCGGUGGUUUCAACGGUUUGGAUUAUUUCAACAGCUGUCGUUGCUUCAAUGCAGUGACCAAAGUCUGGCGAGAGGUUGCACCCAUGAAUGCCAGAAGAUGUUAUGUCAGCGUGGCUGUAUUGAACGAUUUGGUUUAUGCUAUGGGUGGAUACGAUGGAUACCAUAGACAGAAUACCGCCGAACGAUAUAAUUAUCGAACGAAUCAAUGGUCCUUGAUCGCGCCGAUGAACGUUCAGAGAUCUGACGCAAGUGCGACUACUUUGAACGACAAAAUCUACAUUACCGGUGGUUUCAAUGGACACGAGUGUAUCAAUUCGGCUGAAGUUUAUGAUCCAGAAACGAAUCAAUGGACGAUGAUCGCUGCAAUGAGAUCUCGUAGAAGCGGAGUAUCCUGUAUAGCUUAUCACGGCUAUGUUUACGUUAUAGGGGGUUUCAAUGGGAUAUCGAGAAUGUGUACCGGCGAAAAAUAUAAUCCUACUACUAACACUUGGAGUCCUAUACCAGACAUGUACAAUCCUCGUAGUAAUUUUGCCAUUGAAGUUAUCGAUGACAUGAUUUUUUCAAUCGGUGGAUAUAACGGUGUAACAACGAUUUAUCAGGUUGAGUGUUACGACGAAAAAACCAACGAGUGGUAUGAAGCUACCGACAUGAACAUAUAUCGAUCAGCUUUGUCCGUAUGCGUUAUUAUGGGAUUACCAAAUGUUUACGAUUACAUUCAUAAACAUCGUGAAAGACUGAUGGAAGAAAAACGACAAAAAUUAUUGGCCCUAGAAGUUCAUCGUACUCAGCAUCAACAGCAACAGCAACAACAGCAACAACAGCAACAACAGCAACAACAGCAGCAGCAGCAACAACAACAACAACAACAACAACAACAGCACGAGCAUAUACAUCAACAGAAUCAACAGAUGCUACUUAAUAUACCAUCGCCACCACCGAUGCCACAAAACAAUGAUGAAAAUAAUAACAGUCGAUCGAACGAAUGAAACAGAUUGGUGGAUUCAUCAUCAGCAAUGAUAAAUUAACACGAUUGGACGGACCGAUAAUGAUAACUACCGAAUGAAACAUGCCUGAGUGAUCCUAUUAUCUGAAAAAGGAAAAAAAGAAAAAAAAACGAAAAAAAGGGGGGACCGAAAUUUUUGGGGAUUAAUUUUUCGACGCGCAUCGAGAUUUUAGAAAAAAGGGUAACAUUUGAUAUCACAUUUUUUUGGAAAUACCACUUAUAUUCUUCUUAUCUUUGAUAGAUAUAAUAGUCUUUAUUAUCUCUUUUUUUGAUAAAUUUAUAUUUCUUUCUAUUAAUUACAUUUACAAUUUUAUAUAGAAGUAUUUACAAUGGAAAUUCAUGCGAUUUCAUUUAUUUUCUUCUAUACGAAAGAAAUUUUGUCUCUGUUGAAUUUUUAUAUAUAUAUAUAUAUUUUUUUUUGCUAUAUUAUGAAUAUUAUUUAUUGUAAGUGACUGACGAAACAAUGAUUAUUUAUGCUAUCUAAAAAAUGUUAGAAACGGGUGGGUAUACGGGAUUAGAGACAUAUUCAAAAAUAUGAAAGGAUUAGCUACAAAUUGUGUCCAUUAUCAACGUCAAAAAAAAAUUUUGGCGCUAACGUAAACAAAAAAAAAUUCAAAAGUUAAAUAAAUAAAAAGUUAAUAUAUUUAUUCAGACUCAUAUAUAUAUAUAUAUAUAUAUAUAUAUAUAUAAAUAUAUACAUACAUAUACAUAUGUAUAUAUGUGUGUAUAUAUAUAAAAGUGAACAUGUGUUAUUAUAUUUAAAAGAGGGAAAAAAAAAUAACAAAGAAAAAAAGGAAAAUGGUUAGAAAUCGCGAACGAUCACAAGAGAGAAAAAAAAACCAUAGCGAUUUAUAAUCGAGCAAUAUAACAACCUUUUUUUAUAUCAAUUAUUUAUUUUUUCCAUACAAAUUAUAAACAUGUUUUUCAAAUACUGUACAUAUACUGAGUUCUAUUAUAUUUUUAAACCUCUAAUUUAAUGAUAUAUCAUUUCAUUUAUUUCCUUUACUCGUUAAACCAACUACUUUGAUCCUCAUUUCGUUUCAUUUAUGAUAAUAUAAUAUACAGGUAGAUUUUGUUUCCUUCAACCAAUAUUCUUAAUCAUUUUCAUAAUCAAGCUCAAAUUCUUUGAUAUGGCAGUUCCAGGAUAUGAGUUAUAAUGUCACAAAUUUCAAUUGAGUUAUUUAAUUUCACGAUAAAAUUGUCGAAUUAAAAAUCUACAAAUUUUCUCUAGACAGAUUGUAGAUUUUGAUAUAAGAACAUAGUCAAUAUUUUCUUAGAGACGAUAAAGCGCGCGCGCGCAAACACACACAGAAAAAAAAAAGAAAAAGAAAGACGAAUAUAAUUUAACAGAGAACAAAUAACAAAAUUAAUGUUAAAACUCUUGAACAGAUUCGUGGAUACAAUCAAAAUUGAUCGGAUCGAUGGUAUAACAAUUCUUAUUCUCAAAAAUUAUAUCGAACGCAUGCCGUUGUCGCAAAAAGAAAAGGAGGAGUAGAAGAAAAAAAAAAAAUCAUUUCUCAGAUAAUACAUAAAGUCGUUCAAUAUUUAAAGAAACAAACAAAAAAGAAAGAAAGAAAGAAAGAAAGAAA